GCGGCUUGGCCCCCAUUGCAUAGUUCUAAUGCCAACUGGAAGACAAAAAGGUUUACCUGUCAUUUUGAACGCGUUUAUUUUCUGUACGUGAAAUAAAUUUGGUCAUUUUUACAAGUUUGAUUGAAAACUGAAACAAUUAAGUUUUCUUAUCGAAUUAAACCCACAUGGUAUUAGCAUUUAAUCAUAAUCGCACGAACGGAAGACAUGAUUAUUUAAUCGUACUUGUAAUGAUGCCGAACAUCAUCGCAAAAUGAACGUAGGUAACUUACCCUGGGAUGUAACUGAACAGCAGCUUCGUGAUCAUUUUAGUGGUUAUGACAUCGAAAACGUGGAGAUCUUCCAUUAUCGUAAGUACACGCUAGCUACGUUCCUGUUUAAGGACAAAGAAACAGCUGCUAAGGCUCUUGCUGGAAAAGAAGGAUCAAUUUUGCGUGAACGGCGUCUUCGUAUGCAUCUUGAAUAUAUCAAUAUUCGGCAUAUCCCACGCGAUACUUUUGUUAUUGUUGUCGACGAUGAGAAUGCAACGGAGGAGCAGCUUUGGGAUAAGGUUAAAUCUGCGGGAGUCGAACCUUAUUCGAUUUUGCUUUUCUAUCCCCUUUGCUAUAUUUGCCCGGAAAAGGAUUCGGACAAGGCAGAUAUUUUGGAAAAACUGAAAGCAGCUGGUUUCAAUGCACACGAUGUUAACCAACGAGACCAAAAUCAACAUCUUGAUAUUUGGCGUGAGGCAAAGCUUUUCUUCCGUAACCGCAACCGCGUUCAAUUGCUUAAUAUACCACACAAAUGGAUAGAAGACAAAGAAGAGAUGAAGAAACAAUGUGCUAAUGGUGGUACCAUAAUCGAAGCUAUUUUGAACAACAUGACACGGAACGCUUCGAACUAUGCUCGUAUUUUCUACGAGAGUGAAGAACAGGCGGUCAAAGCUGCUGAAGCUUUGAAUGGUCGUUUUUUCGAAGAUAAACGAAUUCAUGCUUUACAUCUCGGAUCGGCAUUGAUUCCAAAUUAUAAAACAUCUGUUUAUGUAACGUCCUUGGACAAAACUACUACCGAAGAGCAAGUGUAUGAUCACUUCAAACAGUUUGGUGAUAUCGAUUUUGUCAAUCGCCGUAACUGCAUUGACGCGGCUAUAGUUUGUUUUAAGUCUGCUGAUUCCGUUGAAAAAGCACUUCUCUGCACCAGUUUUCCUGCUGCAACAGAGGAAAAUAAGGAUGCUACUAAAGAGGUUUCGGUAAAAAAAUAUGAUGGACCGCUGGUGCUUCGCCAACAAGCACAAAAACGUAAAUUAAAAACCAACGAAGAUGGUAAAUCAAUCGAACCUGAGGAAAAAACCAAAGCACAAUUAGCUGCGCACAAGAAAUUAGAAGCCUUUUAUCCCGUAUUUGUUGGUAACGUACCAUUCAACUGUCCACCACUGGAUUUAAAACGCUACUUUGCGCAACAUGGACCAAUCAAGUUUAUGUUUUCACCUCAAAUUCUUCCUUAUCGUACCAGCGCACCGCACCCAGUAAAGACAUUCAUAAUUUAUUAUAAUUUUGCUGACAGCGCUGAUAAUGCAUGCCAAUUUUUGGAUCAUAAAUUCUUUGGCGGACACCGUUUGCAUGUUCUACCAUUGAGAGGAGAAGAGUUUUUCAAUGAGGAGAAAACAUUAAAAUUGACGAAAAUUCCAUAUCUAUCGGAGGAUGCAUUAUUUAAAAAAAUCAAGCCUUUCGUUGGUAAGAUUAAUCGCAUUGUGAAGAAAUCGCGAUUAGUUGCUUACAUUGAGCUCAAUGAUCCGGCCGAUGCUGAAAAAUUGUUAAAUGUUGAAACCCCAAACCAUCCUUUUCCUAAAAGUAAUGUGGAAAGAAUUGAUGAAACAGUCAGCAUGCGUCUUUACGAUGAAGAUGAUUCUCGUGUGCUCAACGGCAUCGCCAUGAUCAUUUCUCAAAAUCCAGACAUGCUUAAAAAGACUCCAAUGAACCAAGGAGGCCCCAUGAAUAAACGCCCGCGUCUCAAUGGACCUGGUUUUAAUCAAGGCCCUGGUGGCUUCAAUCCAAAUAACAGUCUGACCAAUCCCCAAGCUAUUCAAGACUUGUUGCGUCUCGCGUUCAUGUCUGGCAAGAACGUUGGCGAGAGUCUGGCUUCUAACCAGACCUCGUUCAACAAUCCCGAUCCACCAAUCGCAAAUUUAAACAACUUUGGCGACGGUGGUUUCGGAAAUCGUAAUCGUAAUAACCAAGGCGGUCCAGGCAAUUUUCGUAGCCAAGGAAGAAACAUGAACCAGAAUCAGAAUCGUGGCAAUGCCAACAAUAGCUUUGGUAACAACAACGCUAGUGUUAACUUCCAAAAUGCCCUGGGAGUCAAUCAGAACCGUGGUGGUCAAAAUAUGACUAACCGUGGCAAUCAGCCAAUGAACCAGACCCAUGGUGCUAGUGUUGACGGUGGUAAUAAUAGUCAGAAUCGUACAGUGCAAAACCUGAAUCAGGGAAACCGCGUGCACCAAAAGAAGCCAGGAGUUGGUAACAACAUUAAUCAGAACCGGAACCAAGGAGGCGGAAAUUUAAACCGCAAUCAGAAUCAAAAUCGCAUUCAAAAUAAUCGCAACAAUAACUUUGUCAAUGACACCUAUGGAGGUAGUAAUAACUUUGGAAACAAUCGUAACAAUUUUACCAGCGAUAAUUUUAGCGACAAUUUUGGUAACAAUCGUAACAACGAUAACUUCUCAAGUGACAACUUUAGCGGCAACAACCGUAACUUCGGUAGUAAUCGCAAGCAGAACGAUAAUUUAAAUUCGUUCGGGGGCGAAAAUAAUAGUGGCAAUAACCGAUUUGGCGGUAGCAACCAAUUCAGUGUUAACUUUAGUCGAAACCAGAAUAGUAAUUUCGAUGAUAAUAACAGCAACGGUAACUUUGUUGGCAAUAAGGGAAAUAAUUUUAACCAAAACCGUCAAAACAAACCGUUUAAUGCUGGCAACCAGGGAGGUGGUAUGUCCUUCAAUGAGUUCAAUACGAAUACCAGCCGAAAUUUUGGCAGUGGUAAUUCUAAUAACAGUGGUAGUUUUAAUCCCCAAAAUUCAAACACGGGCAGCCGCCUCGCUGGUAGCAUUUUUAGCCGCCGUUUUUAAAGUGGUGAGCGAAUUAAAAUUAAAAAUAUGUAAUAUUUACAAGAAAUUAGAUUCUUGUAGCUGUAACUCGCUUUCUUUUCCCAGUGUAGAGCUGGGAAUUUGAGAACAGAAAGAAUAAAUUAAUGUUUAAUAUUUUUAAGUAUAUUUGCAACCUACUCAACAAGUUUGGAAAUAUCAUAAGACAAAAAUCAAUUGAUGCUUUUACUUAGAAAACAACUUUAGUACAGUCGACCAAUGCAAAUUAUAUCUCAAAAAUUUAUCAAUGUUGAAGCUGUAUAUUCGAGCGCUUUAAUUAAAUAACAAAAUAAAACAAAAAAAAAGGCGAUUCGGCUAAAUAGAAGUUUAUAUUUAAUUUUAUACAAUGUUUAGUUAUGCAAACUGAAAAGCAUAAUUUAAUUUGUAGUUGAGUAAAUCGAUUUGUAAUGAUAACAGUUAGAGCAGUUUUAAAGCUUUAUUUAAAAAAAAUCCAAUAAAUAGUUCCGGCAAAAAGUAAAGUAACGUUUUCUUCUCAGUUGUUCGUUACGAUGAGUGAAUUAUCUAGCAACAACAAUCAGACAUGAAUCAUGCAACAUUAUGUUGAAAAUUUAAUAAGGAAUUGUAUGAUGAAUAUUGAUUAUUGACAUAAUGAUUCACAUUUGCACGUGAUGUACACACUUAUAGUAAACAUUUUGAACAACAUAAUUUUAGUGUGAAUUGGUAAUAAAAUGUGAAACACAUAUAUCUAUUAUUAUUAAUAGUACGUACUACUUUUGCAAUGGCUAAUGUAGUUCAGAAUUAAUAGCAGCACUAUACCUUUCAUGUAAAAAUCUUUACUAUAAUGCUAAAAAUCGUUGUAGUUGGAGAUUCUUUGCAAUCUAAAUGAACUGUUAAAUUCAUCGGAAAAUGACUAUUUUUACAAUUGGGCAUCUUUGAACAAUCAAAAUGGAAUGAUUAUCCGAAAUACCUGUUUUAUGUUUGUUGAUUCUCACUGUAGUCCAUAUAAGCAUAACCAGGAUAGAUCUGUGCGCCGACCAUAUCAUCGGCGGCGGCGGCGUAGAAAACAUUUUACCUCGGCGGCGAACGGCGCGCCGGCGUGACGCCGUUGGCUUUUAUCGGCGGCGGCGUGUAUCGGCGUGACAAUAAUUACAAAUAUCUUAAAAUAACAAUAUAGUUCACUCUCGAAUUUCCCAUAUAUUCCCGUGAAGACAGACAGGGAACACCCCCUCUUGUGGUGAAAAAGGUAACUAAACUCAUUGCACAGUGGUACAGUAAGGCAAUUUAGGCGGACAUAGGCUUUUCGUUGCGAUUUUGGUUUGCGGUUUAAAGCCAUAGUUUUUGUAAAAAGUUGUUUCUUAUACAUAGUCCUCGAUUCAUGUACGAAUGAAAAUUAGGGUGGUCCUAAAAUCAACGAAAUAAAACAUUCUUUGGCAAACUUGUAGACCAACUAAUUCUAAGUAACUUUGUAAAAAAACUUUUUUGUAGACAUGAAAUUUGGUUUCCAAAAACAGUCUUUUCGCUCUAUUUUUUCAAUUCAAAGUUAAAAACAAAGUUUUCUUCGGUAACUUUAAUCAAAAAUACGCCAAUUUUGACGAAAAAACAUUGUCGAUAUAUUAUACAGAUGAAGAGUUUUCACUAUUUCUAUUUUAAAAAUAGGCCCUUUUGAUAUAUUGAUGUCUCCGUUUAGGGAAAACAUAAAUAAUAUUUUUUGGUAUCAUUUGAAAGAACAAAUAUUGUAUGAAUAUUGUGAAGAAAUACCGAAAGUUGCUUAAAAUUAGUUGAUCUACAACUGUGCCGAUGAAUGUAUACAUUUAUUUAUGCAAAUAAAAAGUUAGUUUUUUCAUUUAGUCGAUUUCAGGACCACCCUAAUUUUCAUUUGCACAUAAAAAAUAGACUAAAUAUAAGAAACAAGUUCUUAGAAAAAAAAAUUUACUCUAAAACCACAAAAUCGCAUCGAAAAACUCGUGUCCGCCUAUAUUGCCUUACUGUACCACUGUGCGUUGUUGUUGAAUUUCUGUGAGCGUGUGACAUUCUCACACACGAAACUGAAUUUACUCAAUUUUAGAUUAAGUUGACUCAAUUUCAUACUUUCACAGAAAAAAAUAUGUUGCAGAUUUCGUGCGUAUAUUGUUUGUAUGUAAAACUAACGCCAUUCCGGGAGUUAAAUAUUGAUAAUAUAAUAGAUGUAGCUUAUCGAGGCACGAAGAAGAAAUAUUCAAAUAAUCAGGCCACGACGUGUAAAUGGUAAACUAAUCCCAAGUUGCUAUAUACGUGGUUCCCUGUGUAACUUCACUAGCUCAGAUCCAUCACGGGAAGCAACUACGAAAUGUGCGGCCGUCAAGCUCAAGCUCAAUAAUCAGGCCACGAAGUGUACAAAUCAAUGAAUAUUUCAAUUACCUCGUGAAAAAGAUAAAAGGAGAAACCGCACAAUGGUUGUCAAUAGUCGUAUAUGGUUGUUGUGCAACUUUAAGCUUAGAUAACACUUGAAUGUUCUAUCAAUUUAACAAUUUAAGUAUGGAUACAUAUCAUGUUGUAAUUGGUUUGAAAGCUUUAUUAUAUUAUAUAUAAAAGAUAUUCAACAAAACAAACAUAAUUAGUGAUAACAACUGUUAUGCAAAAACUAUUAUUUAAUGUUUAGUUUUCUUCGUUUUGAAAGUAUUUUUUUCGUUUUUUUAUCCCUCCGAAUUUUUUGCUCUCGAGUUCUAAUCUUCGUAUUCAUCACUUGCAGCUUUGCUUUAACCAGCAUAUUUAUGUAUUUACUAGCUGACCCGGCAAACUUCGUCCCGCCUAUUUUUGUGUUUAAUUCAAUAAUUUUCAACAUUCCAAAUUCAUUGAUUUCUUGCGAUUUGUUUAUAUCGUUUGAAAUUAUUGGUUUUAUCGGAAUGACAACAUCCUCGACUUUUGCCUUUAGUACAUCACCUCUAUUCCGAAAACACUCAUAUUGGGUGGUAUUCAGUUAUUUUCGUUGUUUUCCAGAAACUGAAAGUGGUCAUCUUCGAAUUCAAUAUGGUGUCCAGGGUCAAUGCUUGGCUUCUAUACAUUAUUUCGAUUACGGAAAUAUUCAUAUGCAGUAGUAUUCGGCUGUUCUGAGGUCAAUUUUUAGCUCCAUGCAUCAUUCUGGUUAAAGAAACACUCAUAUUGGGUGGUAUUUGGUCCCUUUAGGCUAUAUUUUUUGGAGACAAUUUCUGGCCCCUGAGCGUCAUUCUGGUUAAAGAAACACCAAUAAUAGGUGUUAUUUAGUCUUUUUCGGCUGUUCUACAGAAACCGGAAGUCACCAUCUUAGAAUUCAAAAUGUUGUCUGUGGUCGAUUCUAUCUCCUGUGUAUCAUUCUGGUAUCGAAACAUCUUAUAUUGGAUGGAAAUCGGCCGGUUGAAGAAAUACCCAUAUUGGGUGUUAUUUGGUUAUUUUCGGCAGUUUCCCAUUCACCGGAAGUCGUCAUUCUACAAUUCAUAAUGUUAUCUGAGGUCGAUUUGUAGCUUCAGUGCAUCAUAACAAUCCCGGAAAUACCCAUAAUGAGUGUUAUUUGGUCUUUUGCCACUGUUGUUUAGGAACCGGAAGUCGCCAUAUUGGAUUUCAAAAUGGCAUUUGGAGACAAUUUCUGGCCUCUGAGCAUCAUUCUGGUUAAAGAAACACCCAUAUUUCCAGUCACCAAAAGUCACCAUUUUACUACUCAAAAUGUUGUCUGAGGUCGAUUUGUGGUUUCAGUGCAUCAUCACGAUUUCGGAAAUACCCAUAUUGGAUGGUAUUUGGUCAUAUCUCGCUGUUUCUCUGAAACCGGAAGUCGCCAUCUUGGAUUUCAAAAUGGUAUUCAGAGACAAUUUCUGGCCUCUGAGCGUCAUUCUAGUUAAAGAAACAUCCAUAUUGGUGGUAUUUGGUCAUUUUCCUCUUUUUUUCCAAUCACUGGAAGUCGCCAUCUUACAAUUCAAAAUUUUGUCUGAUUUUUAAAAAACCGGAAGUCGCCAUCUUGGAUUUCAAACUGGCAUUUCGAGACAAUUUCUGGCCUCUGAGCGUCAUUCUGGUUAAAAAAACACCCAUAUUAGGUGGUAUUCGGUCAUUUUCGGCAGUUUUCCAGUCACCGGAAGUCGCCAUUUUACAACUCAAAAUAUUGUCGGAGGUCGACAAACGUACAAACCGUGGAACACCACCCAUGGAUUGCCUUAUGCAUAGGUGAACUUUAUUAUUAUAAAAUAUUCGGCCGAGUUCACUUCACAAUUAAAUGUGAAUUUUUUUCAGUGUACCCAUUAGGGUAAUAUUAUUGUCAAAAGUCACUCUAUUUCGCAUGUCGUGUAGAACAAAAUCAGAAGUGGCGCACCUAGCGGUCGAAAAGGUGACUAACGCUUCUGUCAUUUUCAAUUUGUCUUCAUCUUCAGCGACUUCCGGUUUCUGAAAAAUAGCGACAAAUGACCAAAUAUGGGUAUUUCCGCGAUUGUUAUGAUGCACUGAAGCCACAAAUCGACCUCAGCCAACAUUUUGAAUUGUAAGAUGGCGACUUCAAGUGAUUAGAAAAGAGACGAAAAUGACCAAAUACCACCUAAUAUGGAUGUUUCUUUGACUAGAAUGACGCUCAGAGGCCUGAAAUUGUCUCUGAAUACCAUUUUGAAAUCCAAGAUGGCGACUUCCGGUUUCUGAGAAACAGCGAGAUAUGACCAAAUACCACCCAAUAUGAUUUUUCCGAAAUCGUGAUGAUGCACUGAAACCACAAAUCGACCUCAGACAACAUUUUGAGUAGUAAAAUGGCGACUUUUGGUGACUGGAAAACUGCCGAAAAUGACCCAAAAACAACCAAAUAUGGGUGUUUCUUUAACCAAAAUGAUGCUCAGAGGCCAGAAAUUGUCUCAGAAUGCCAUUUUGAAAUCCAAUAUGGCGACUUCUGGUUCCUAAACAACAGUGGCAAAAGACCAAAUAACACUCAUUAUGGGUAUUUCCGGGAUUGUUAUGAUGCACUGAAGCUACAAAUGGACUUCAGAUAACAUUAUGAAUUGUAAAAUGACGACUUCCGGUGAAUGGGAAACUGCCGAAAACGAUCAAAUACCACCCAAUAUGGGUAUUUCUUCAACCGGCCGAUUUUCAUCCAAUAUGAGAUGCUUCGAUACCAGAAUGAUACACAGGAGCUAGAAUCGACCACAGACACCAUUCUUAAUUCUAAGAUGGUGACUUCCGGUUUCUGUAAAACAGCCGAAAAUGAGUAAAUAACGCCUAUUAUUGGUGUUUCUUAAACCAGAAUGACGCUCAGGGGCCAGAAAUUGUCUCCAAAUGCCAUUUUAAAACCCAGGGUGGUGACUUCCGGUUUCUGGAAAAUAGCCUAAAGGGACCAAAUACCACCCAAUAUGAGUGUUUCUUUAACCAGAAUGAUGCAUGGAGCUAAAGAUUAACCUAAGACACCGUUUUGAAUUGUAAGAUGGCAACUUCUGGGAAACAGCCGAAUACUACUGCAUAUGAAUAUUUCCGUAAUCGAAAUGAUGUAUAGAAGCCAAGCAUUGACCCUGGACACCAUCUUGAAUUCGAAGAUGACCACUUUUAGUUUCUGGAAAACAACGAAAAUAAACUGAAUACCACCCAAUAUUAGUGUUUUCGGAAUAGAGGUGAUGUACUAAAGGAAAAAGUCGAGGAUGUUGUCAUUCCGAUAAAACCAAUAAUUCCAAACGAUAUAAACAAAUCGCAAGAAAUCAAUGAAUUUGGAAUGUUAAAAAUUAUUAAAUUAAACACAAAAAUAGGCGGGACGAAGUUUGUCGGGUCAGAUAGUGAAUACAUAAAUACGCUGGUUAAAGCAAAGCUGCAAGUGAUGAAUACGAAAAUUAGAACUCGAGAGCAAAAAAUUCGGAGGAAUAAAAAAACGAAAAAAAUACUUUCAAAACGAAGAAAACUAAACAUUAAAUAAUAGUUUUUGCAUAACAGUUGUUAUCACUAAUUAUGUUUGUUUUGUUGAAUAUCUUUCAUAUAUAAUAUAAUAAAGGUUUUAAACCAAUUACAACAUUAUAUGUAUCCAUACUUAAAUUGUUAAAUUGAUAGAACAUUCAAGUGUUAUCUAAGCUAAAAGUUGCACAACAACCAUAUACGACUAUUGACAACCAUUGUGCGGUUUCUCCUUUUAUCUUUUUCACGAGGUAAUUGAAAUAUUCAUUUAAUUGUACACUUCGUGGCCUGAUUAUUGUGCUUGAGCUUGACGGCCGCACAUUUCGUAGUUGCUUCCCGUGAUGGAUUUGAGCUAGUGAAGUUACACAGGGAACCACGUAUAUAGCAACUUGGGAUUACUAUACCAUUUACACGUCGUGGCCUGAUUAUUUGAAUAUUUCUUCUUCGUGCCUCGAUAAGCUACAUCUAUUAUAUUAUCAAUAUUUAACUUCCGGAAUGGCGUUAGUUUUACAUACAAACAAUAUACGCACGAAAUCUGCAACAUAUUUUUUUCUGUGAAAGUAUGAAAUUGAGUCAACUAAAUCUAAAAUUGAGUAAAUUCAGUUUCGUGUGUGAAAAUGUCAGUCACACGCUCACAGAAAUUCAACAACAAUGCGCAGUGGUACAGUAAGGCAAUGUAGGCGGACAUGAGUUUUUCGAUGCGAUUUUGUGGUUUUAGAAUAAAUUUUUUUUUCUAAGAACUUGUUUCUUAUAUUUAGUCUAUUUUUUUAUGUGCCAAUGAAAAUAAGGGUGGUCCUGAAAUCGACUAAAUGAAAAAACCAACUUUUUAUUUGUAUAAAUAAAUGUAUACAUUCAUCGGCACAGUUGUAGAUCAACUAAUUUUAAGCAACUUUCGAUAUUUCUUCACAAUAUUUAUACAAUAUUUGUUCUUUCAAAUGAUACCAAAAAAUAUUAUUUAUGUUUUCCCUAUACGGAGACAUCAAUAUGUCAAAAGGGCCUAUUUUUAAAAUAGAAAUAGUGAAAAUUCUUCAUCUGUACAAUAUAUCGACAAUGUUUUUUCGUCGAAAUUGGCGCAUUUUUGAUUAAAGUUACCGUUGAAUUGAAAAAAUAGAGCGAAAAGACUGUUUUUGGAAACAAAAUUUCAUGUCUAUAAAAAGUUUUUUUACAAAGUUACACUGGGGUCGCUUUUUACGCGGGUUGUUUUUAUGUGUUUUUUUAAACGGGAUAUUUUCACAAUAACGCGGAUUAUUUCUACUCGUUUCGGAAGAUUGUUUGUACGCAGUAUCAAAUAAGUUUAGUAUAAGUAUAUCUAAUCUAAUUUUCUAAAUGCGGUACAACCAACCGUACCACUGUGCAAUGAGUUUAGUUACCUUUUUCACCACAAGAGGGGAUGUUCCCUGUCUGUCUUCACGGGAAUAUAUGGGAAAUUCGAGAGUGAACUAUAUUGUUAUUUGAAGAUAUUUGCUUCUUUCAUCACCUCGCAAAGAUCUUCAAUAAUUGCUUGGAACUUGGCUACUUCCCGUCCCGUUGGAAGCUCGCCAAAGUUAUCCCCAUCCAUAAACCUGGGAAGGAUCCCACUGACGCUAAAAGCUACCGGCCCAUUAGCCACUUCCAUCUAUUUCGAAAUUAUUCGAAAAACUGAUUCUGAGACGUAUACUAGAGUUUGCUGACCAGAACAACAUCUUCCUUAGAGAGCAAUUUGGGUUCAGGAAGGGGCACUCCACUGUGCACCAGCUCACCCGGGUAACGAACAUUAUCAGGCGGAACAAGUCUGUUUCCAAAACAACUGCCAUGGCGUUGUUGGACGUUUAGAAAGCGUUUGACAACGUCUGGCACGAUGGUCUUGUUUAUAAGCUGCAUCGGUGCAACUUCCCGAUCUUCCUUGUGAAAAUCAUCGGAAAUUAUCUGUCGGGUAGAUCAUUUAGGGUCUGCUUGAACAACUCCCAGUCUGAUACAUUUAAUGUUGAUGCUGGGGUCCCCCAGGGUAGCCUCUUGGAUCCCAUCCUCUUUAACAUCUUUACGUCAGACGUUCCUCCCCUUCCGGAUGGUGGUGUUCUGUCCAUGUUCGCAGACGACACUGCCAUCAUGUACAAAGGGCGAGUGAUCCGUUUGCUGACUAGAAAACUUCAAGCAGGCCUGGAUGUUCUAUCCGUCUACUUCAACAACUGGAAGAUUUGCAUCAAUGCGGCUAAAACACAAGCCAUCUUAUUUCCCCACUCAAACUCACGUCGACUUGUUCCGCCUGACGACGUCAGGCUUAAAAUUAAUAAUUCACCCAUCGAAUGGUCGAGAGAGGUUGGAUACCUCGGUCUUGUUCUGGACAGCAAGCUUAUAUUCAGAUCACACGUGGAAAAAACAUCAAUCAAAGGCAACAUCCUAAUUAAAUCCUUAUAUCCACUGAUAAACAGAAAAUCCAAACUGUCCCUGAAGAACAAGCUUGCUGUCCAUAAAAUGAUAAUCCUGCCAGUAUUAGAAUACGGUUUGCCAAUCUGGGAGAGUUGUGCCAAGUAUCACCAUGAUAAAUUACAGGUUAUCCAAAAUAAGAUCCUAAGGAUGAUCCUUAACAGUCCUCCAAAACGCGUAACUCUGAGAUCCACCAACUAGCCGGUCUAGAUACACUUUUGGUGCGCAAACAGGCAAUUCUGUCUAGAUUCAGGGAUGCUUGCCAGAGGUCAAUUCACGAGGCAAUUCGAUCUUUGCCAAUUUAGUUUUAAGUUAGUAUUAGUUAGGUAGGUUAUUCAAUUUUAUUUAAAUUCAUAAACUUACCAUGCCAUUAAGGCAAAGAUGUAAAAUUAAUCUUCAAGAUAAUUUAAAAAACCAAUCUAAAUGCACUACUACGAACAAAGAUGAUGAGCCUUUAGGGCUGACCAAUUAUCCUGUCAUAAAUUAUACCUCUGUAAAUAAUUUCAAAAAUAAAAGACAAUUCAUCAUCAUCAAA